AUGCCUACUGUUUUAUCCAAACUUGCCGAUUAUUUUACAUCGCCUUACGCUUCGUCUAAGGUUAAUGUUGCACAAAUACGAAAGUUAAUUGAACAUGUUUUAAAAGUAUAUAAAAACAAUAGAACAUUACUUGGUAGAACAAUAUGGUUUGUAUCUGUCUACCUACUUUACCUUCGAAAAAUUGGUGGCUCCAAAAAAAGACCCGCAGGGAUACCUACCACAGAGGAAACAGCAAGAAAGAAAAAAAGAGUUGAGGUGGAUACUAUAUUUUUUGAGAGAUUAAAAAAAAUACUUAAAAUUGUUAUUCCCGGGUUAAGGUCAAAAGAAUUAUGGUUAUUGAUUGUUCAUUCGGGGUUUUUGGUCUUCCGGACUAUAUUGUCAGUUUAUGUCGCUGCAUUAGAUGGAAGGAUCGUUAGUGCCUUGGUGCGAGGUAAUGCAAAGGACUUUUUAACGGGUAUUGUGUGGUGGAUGAUUGUUGCAAUACCGGCAACAUAUACAAACAGCAUGCUUACAUACAUGCAAAGUAAAUUGGCUAUACAGUUCCGAACUCGUCUUACUCGACAUAUUCAUCAAAAAUAUUUGUCCGAUAUGACUUUUUAUGCCAUUGGAAAUUUAGAUGAUCGUAUAAAAAAUGCUGACCAGUGUAUUACGGUUGAUACAAUGAAAUUUUGCAACUCUCUUUCCGAAUUAUAUUCCAAUCUUGCCAAACCAAUUUUGGAUGUUUUCAUUUAUAAUAUACAAUUGGCAAAGAACGUUGGAGGAGAGGGAUUAUUUGCAUUAUCAUUAAUGGUUCAUAUAUCAUCCGUAAUACUGCGAGCAUUAACACCACCGUUUGGAAAGAUGGUCGCUGAAGAACAGAGGCUCGAGGGUGAAUUUAGAUUUACGCAUUCACGCUUAAUUGAAAAUGCAGAAGAAAUUGCGCUUUAUUCUGGUCAUGAAGUUGAAAAGGCUAUUUUAGAUCGCAAUUAUUUUGCAUUGAUCAAACAUGUUAAUAGAAUCUUCCUAAAUAAAGGCGAUCUUGGUUCUCGUGCAGAAGGAUUUAUCACCAACCGCAGAUUAUUGUUAAGCUCUUCAGAUGCUUUCGGACGCAUAAUGUAUUCUUAUAAGGAAAUUACCGAGUUGGCUGGCUACACUGCCCGAGUAUCUGAACUUUUGGAUACCUUUGAUGCCGUAAAAGCAGGUCGUUAUGAAAAACAACUUGUUUCUUCAGCUUCAACUGAUGAAAACGCCGCAGUAUUAUCGGGUCGUGGAGAAGUCAUUGAAGAUGCAGCAACUAUAGAAUUCAUUGAUGUGCCUAUAGUAUCCCCGAACGGGGAUGUUUUAUUAAAAAAAUUGAAUUUCUAUGUGAGACCAGGCAUGCACUUGUUGAUUGUUGGACCCAAUGGAUGCGGCAAAAGUAGUUUAUUUAGAAUUUUAGGUGGCCUCUGGCCUGUUUACGGUGGUACUGUUCAUCGACCAAAUCCAAGAGAUAUUUUUUAUAUUCCCCAACGUCCUUACUUAUCACUGGGCACGUUGCGUGACCAAAUUAUUUAUCCACAUACCGUUUCUGAAAUGACAAAGCGAGGUAUAAAUGAUCAGAGUUUACAAGAAAUCCUUAACAUUGUUCAACUAAAUACCAUUGUUGAGCGCGAAGGAGGUUGGGAUAAGGAACGUGAAUGGAAAGAUGCUUUAUCAGGAGGAGAUAAACAAAGAAUUGCUAUGGCAAGAUUGUUUUACCAUCGACCGAAAUAUGCAAUUUUGGAUGAAUGUACUAGUGCUGUAGGCUUGGAUAUUGAAAAAAUUAUGUACACACAUGCCACAGACUUGGGAAUUUCUUUGUUGACUGUAUCUCAUCGGCCAUCGUUAUGGAAAUAUCAUAAUUUCAUCUUACAAUAUGAUGGACAAGGGGGAUAUGUAUUUACCAAAUUAGAUGCAGAACGUCGAUUAAAGCUUCAAGAGGAGAAACAACAUUUGGAACAAAAACUUAUUGAAGUACCAAAAUUACAAGCUAGAUUGAGUGAUUUGAAAGCAGUGUUAUCUGAAAGAGAUGCAGAAGGCAAUUUUAUUGCAGUCACACAUUAA